UUUGGCCAUUUUAUUGAAAAUAAUUUCUAAAGUUGAUGAGUAACUAGUACUUUCUAUAUACCAUUAGGGUUGGAUUUAAUUUGGGUUUCAAUUAUAAUAUUAUCCCCAAUUUUAAGUGAAAUUACUAAAAUGCCCCUAACCCUAAUUUUUGAAAAUAAAACCCUAACCUUAAAACCCUACCCAGUUACCCGUUGCAUCACCUCAUGCCCCAGUAGCCAAACACACACAGUUUUCCAACUAAAUGAAAGAAAGAAAGAAGGGGUUAGGAGGAAAUGGGAAGAAGCAGAGAGGGGGAGAGGGACAGAGAGCGGCGGUUUGAGAGGAAGAGAGGGACGAGGCAGCACCGGUGGACCUUGCUGCUGCCGUCGUGCUGAGCCGUCGUGUUCUGCACCGUUGUACACCAAAGAAAGAGAGAAAGAGAUCGGGCAGGAAUUAGGGGACCGAAGGCGGAGGGAGUGCGGCAGGGGAAGCCAUCGCCACCAAUCACCGUCGCAAGGCUCUGCUGCAUCCCUACCGCGCUUGGGUGUUGUCGAAGCCACUCCUGCUGCCGCUGCUACUAGGGUCUGCCGCCGUCCUGUCCCUGGAGCCUGAGCCGCGCAUCUGUCACCGAACCAGAGGAGCUCAUCCUUGCUGAGUCGCCGCCAUCUUGCCUCUGCCGGCGAGCAUGAAGAGAGAGGGAGACGAGAGUUUUCACAGUAGAGAGAGGGAGAGCGCGAUAGGGGAGACCAUCGCCAUCGCCAUGCCUCCUUGUCGUCGCCAGUUCUACUUGUUCUGUCGCCGGGAAACUCGUCGCUGUGGGGGUCUCACUGCCGCCGUCCUUGUGGCUGGUGUCGUCACCGCGGAAGCCACCUGUGUCACCGCUGGAGGAAGGGAGAUCCGCGCCGUUGCUGCGGUUUAUGCCGCCGGAAUUGCUCUGUCGCUGCCAGAAUUUCUGGUCGCUGCCGUUCUGGGGCUGUCAUAUGUUACGUUGUCGCUGCCGGAGGACCUGCGGCUCUGCAUUUCCGACCGCCGGUGGUGGCGCGGGUGUCGCUGGAAACACCAUCGGAACUGCCGCUACUUGGUGUAGUUGUUCUUCCCUUGUUGCGGUAAGCAGGCUCAUUUCGAAAAGCCCUUUUUAGUCAGUAUUUCUGUUUCGAAAGCCCUGCAUUAGUGUUCAAUUCCGUGUAAUAAAGUGUUUAUGAUGUUGACGGUUCUAGGGAUUAGAAUCCGAGUUUACUUGUGGCGUUGAGGUUGUUUCUUCUAUUGAGGAAAACAAGCGGAGCUAAGGAUUUGGUUGUCGUGGAUUUCGGGCUAAGCAAAAAGAGUUCAGUUGACACGCUUGGGUUAUGGUUUCAGCAUGUUGAGGAUAUGGGCGCAGAAGUUACGAAGAGCUUA